AUGACUUACUUGCCAAUAUUUGACUCACCACAACCAACUAAGAGACAGAAAUCAAAUGUCAACAUGAGCCUAGAUGGCUACAUGUUCAAUAAAGAAUUGAGAUUUGUUCGCAAAAUUGGCGCGGGCACAUAUGGUCUCAUAUAUUUGGUUGAAAACAUCUACACCAAACAACAAUUUGCAGCCAAGAUGGUAUUGAAGCAACAACCAAUGAAACUCGGCUCAUCAUCAAAUAAGCAACUAAUACAACAACAAUUUUCUCAAUACUUUCACAACCAUGUUAUCCCCAAGCCAACGAGCAUAGACUUUGACUACAUCAAGGGUCAAGGACACGAUUGUCAGUUCUUGACUGAAAUUGCAUUACAUUUAAAAGUACACGAUCAUCCUAAUAUUGCAACCAUACAUGAAGUAUUUGAAUUGGAAGGCUUUGCGAUUGUCAUACUACUAGAUUACUAUGAUCAAGGUGACUUGUUUACAAACAUAAUCGACCUACAAAUUUUUCAACAAAGGCGAAGUGAUAAACAGAAACAAUUAUUAAUGAAGAAUGCCAUGCUACAGUUGUGUGCUGCCGUUGAGUAUUGCCAUCAAAAAUCAGUAUAUCAUUGUGACUUGAAACCAGAGAAUAUAAUGGUCAAGUAUAAUAAAGAGUACAAGAGGAGAGACUCUGGAGUCAUUGACUACGACGAAAUACAGCUAGUCUUGAUAGAUUUUGGACUUGCAAUUGACUCAAGCUUUAUAAAGUGUAAUGCAUGCCGUGGAUCCUCAUUCUACAUGGCACCAGAAAGAGUUACAAAUUACAAAUCCAGCAAGCUAAUUAGAGGACUUGUUGAUAUCAACCAAUUUCCAACCGACGCUGGUGAGAUGUACUUGCCAACAUUGGCGGGUGAUAUUUGGUCAUUGGGAGUGCUUUUCAUAAACAUAACAUGCUCUAGAAAUCCAUGGCCCAUUGCAGCAUUCAAUGAAAAUAGUGAAGUCUUCACCAACUACAUUUUAAAUCGCAACAAAUCAAUCUUGACGUCAAUCCUUCCUAUAUCAAAUCAGUUUAACGAUUUGUUGAAUUCAAUAUUCAAAUUGAAUCCAAAUGAGAGGGUAACUUUAAAGAAAUUGCAGCAACAGAUCAUCACUUGUGACUUCUUCAACGAUCACCAAUACAAUAAUCCGCAAUUAAUUACACCCGAUGCCACUGCAUAUAACUCUUACGCAAGUGACUACGAAGAAGAAGAAGAGGAUGACUAUGAAGAUAUAGAAGACGAAGAGGAGUAUUUUACAGAUGCCGAAGACAUAGUUCAGGUUGAAGAUAUGAAUAAUGUGAUAUCGCAACAGUUGACUCCACCACAGGACUUCCCCGAAAAGCAACAUAAGUGUUGUCUUCAAGACUUUCUUCUUAGAGCAGUCUAUUAA